GCGUCGAGGUGUGGGAUUCAAAUGGAGAGUUGCGCCAGGCGCGUCUGUUAACCGCGGAAGAGCGCUGGGCCGGUGAGGUGGUUUCGGCUGGGAUAGAGGCUGCCUUCUUCUUCUUCGCCGCUAUGUCUCACAAACAGAUCUAUUAUUCGGACAAAUACUACGACGAGAACUACGAGUACCGACAUGUGAUGCUGCCAAGAGAGCUCUCAAAACAAGUACCGAAAACUCAUCUAAUGACCGAAGAAGAAUGGCGACGACUUGGAGUUCAACAGAGCCUUGGCUGGGUCCACUACAUGAUUCAUGAACCAGAACCACACAUCCUCCUUUUUAGAAGACCACUUCCAAAAGGCCAGCAGAAAUGACUUCUCUCAACUUCUGGAAUCUUUUGUAAAAAUGUAUAUAUGUUGGUAGUAUUCAGUGAAUACUUGAGAAUGUACAAAUACGUCAUUACCUGUGCAUGAGCUGUAUUAUUCACAGCAACAGAGCUCAGUAAAGUGCAAACGAAGUAGGCUGCUAUGAUCAUAAACUCUUAUUGUUAACAAGUGCCUAUUUGAUCUUGUCUAUUUUGUUCAAUAACGUUUAUGACUUACAUGUAAUAAAAGUGUUGAGAGAAACUUUUCGAAUAUCUAUUCCUUCUGUUAAGUGAUAUCUCCCUCAAGCUGUUGGAGCAAUACUUGCAGUGGCUUUUCAACUGUUAAAGUAGGUCUGGAGAAAUAAAUCUGUUUUUAACAUUG